CAUUCACAGAACUCAUGCCUUUCUCGUGCCAUUCGUUAGUUCAUUCGUUUUAAUCCGUAAGAUUGAUCGCUUUCGGGAAACGCACCCCAGACAGCCUCCACAGCAACGUCUGCUCCCAGAUGGGAAUUGGGGGAGGUGGAUUUACGUCACGUGACUUUAAACCAUCCUUGCGGUGCCUUUGUUGUUGGCUUUUCGGCAAGGCUCUUACGACUGGGGUUUAUAGCGCUCCGUUUUUUUCCCCCCCCCAAAGCAUAUAUAGAUUGCUUUUGAAGCAUCAGUAUACCGCACAUCAAGUGGAAAAACAAGAAACAGAAUUUGGCGCUUCGGAGCUGGAGACAGCGAAGGAUAUAUUGUCGAGAUGCACACAAAGACGGCGCAAGCGUGAGCGAGCGAUUGGGGCUGGAACGCACUUAUUUGUGCAUGCACAGCCACGACUGGAACCAAGCGAGAGUAACAGGCCAUCGACAGCAACAGUGGAAUGUUUCUGUUUGUAAAUGCACGAUUUUUCUGAUCCGGGUUGAUACUGCUAGAUGCGUCUACCUUACUAGGUAGAAAAAAAACACAUUCCGCAAAUCAGUCCACAACUAAGCAGUGUCGAUGAAAAACAAUUUUGUUUUUUAUGUGCUUUAGCGAUAUCUUGUUAAUUGUGCGACGGAUUAACUUUAAUUGUUCAAAAUAAGAGCGAAGUAAAGCACGCAUCGGGCAGCUCCCUGUCAUAAUGUUGUUAGGCUAUUGGCUCAUUAGGAUCGGAGCACUACAAUGCCACCAUCUCCGUUGCACUCUCUUGUGCCUCUUGACCAUUGCUACGGUGCUCGGCGUUCAGGCGUCAUAUCCUCAGAGCAGCGAUUGUGUGCCCGUCAAGGGAAAAGCUUGUCCAGAUCUGUCUGAGAAGAAGAGUGAUUUGCGAGUGUGUGAUGUCUCCACAUGCCGUUACGGAGGAAUCUGCCGUGAUAACGGUGCAGACCUUAAAUGUGUAUGCCAGUUUCAGUGCCAUAAGAAUUACAUUCCUGUAUGCGGAUCCAAUGGGGACACCUACCAGAAUGAGUGUUACCUAAGGCAAGCAGCAUGUACACAGCAGCGUCCAAUCACUCUAGCCUCCACUGGACCCUGCUAUCCUGAUAGCAGCUCAGGUUCUGGGGAUGGAGAUGAUGAUGGAUCAGGUGCAGACUCAAGCAAGAAGCUCACUAAAUGUAGCAACUGCAAAUACGGGGCUGAAUGUGAUGAAGAUUCAGAGGACGAGGACUCAUGUUCAUGUAAAAUUGACUGCAGUGGACAUAACGAGAAUCCAGUGUGUGGCACAGAUGGGAAUUCCUACAACAACCCUUGCCUUGUUCGAGAGGCCUCGUGUUUAAAGCAGGAGCAGAUUGAUGUAAAACACCUGGGGAGGUGCCCAGACAAAGACAAAGGGAAAAAAGCUGAUGAUGUGCUGUCCUAUAAGCCUGAUGUUUUUGACACAGUAGAUCCAGAAGAAGGAAAAGGAUAUGGCUGGAUGCCAGUUCCCUGCACAGAUGACUAUGUCAACUUUUGCGUUCACGGACAGUGUGAAUUCAAAUAUGGUAUUGCGUCCUGCAGGUGUGAAUCUGGAUAUGCAGGCCCUCAGUGCGAGGAAGUUGCUGACUUUAAUAUCCUGUAUGUGGUGCCAAGUGGCCAAAAACUGCACUAUGUACUUAUAGCUGCUAUCAUUGGAGCAGUGCAGAUAGCCAUAAUUGUGGCUGUUGUUAUGUGUAUCACCAGAAAAUGCCCGAAGAAUAACCGAGGACGUCGACAAAAGCAAAAUUUGGGACAUUUUUCCUCAGACGCCUCCAAUAGGAUGAUGUAGCUUGUUUUUAUUUUGUCCUUUUAUACAUUUUGUACGAUGUGGAUUACAUUUAAAUGGCAUUGUUUCAUUUUCUUAUCUCUAAACAAUAAGGUUAACCUAUUAUUUUAUUAUUAUUUUAUUUGGACGGUGCCUUAUUGUUUAUUUUCCUCUGAACAUUUUGGGAACUUGUUGUCAGUGAAAAUGACUGCCAACUGAAUGAUAAAAACCAGCUCUUUUGUGUACAUUUUUCUUUAGCCUUUUUUUAUAUCCAUUUUUUGUAUUUUUAUUUUGUUUUUUUUUUUGGUGUUUUUUUUGUUUGUUUUUUUGGUAAAUGUUGUUAAAUGUAAAUCGGCACACAGACUGUAUCACAGAUGUAUCUCAUGGAAUGUGCUUCUUUUUGAAGAAAUGCUCUCUCUCCACUGCCUACUGCCCCUUCAUGAUAUUUUCUUUGGCAAAUCAGAUGCAGCUGAACACCAAAUGCAAUUGGUUAUGUAUGAUAUGUGCGCCGACAAAAUGACAAUGUUUAGAGUUUCUUUUUUUUAAAAAAAAAAAGGUAAUUCCAAAACAUGGAUUGCAGUGUGGGUGACUAGCUAAUACUGUCAAUGUUGAAAUGUUUGUAGAUUUUAAUUUCUAAUGUUUUUGGUGGUGUUAUUGUUGAAAUGAUCCAAAUUAUUGUCAUUAAUUUAAUUCUAGGCACUGCAUAUCGCAUGACCCGUGAAACUGUGUCCAGUGAUGUAGAUUUAGUAAAAAUUUAAUUCUCUCAUACAAAUAAUUCAGAAUUUUCUUCUUACUUCCUGUCACUUGACAAUUCUUCCUGAACAGAUUUCAUGAAUGCCAAAAACUCAUUACUGUCAGUGACUCUGCAGUCUAUAAAGACUGUAAAAGCUCAUUACUAAGUGGUAGUGACAUUACAUCUUAUCUGGCUUCAUACAGAUCCACCGCCCCUUCAUCUUAACUGCAGUUUCUCCCUACUAGUCCAGCAAAAAAGUAUCCUCUUUUUAAAAAGUACUUUCUACUCUGCACUAGCCUCAGAAAAAAAGCCUCCUAAACAGAAUGUUCCUCUGCUUCUCACCUUUAAAGAGCCCAUCAGUCUCCCUGACACCAGUAUGAAAAUAAUUCACUUUCCUGUUCUGCUCCCCAAGUCAGUUGUGUCAGUCUGAAUGGUUGAAGCAAAGACUUAGUAAACUAGGUACAUAUAUUAAUAAACAUUACUUGUGACACCCUCCUCAACUUAUACAUUUCACUUCCUUGCACUCUGUCUGUUGGACUAUUAUGUGGUUUUGCAGCAAUAUCCUUUUCUUUGUGAAAGCAUUCUUUCUGAGCACUCCGCUCCUCAUCUGCUUCAGGUUUUCUACUCCCUGUUACUCACUACAUGAACGAAACUGCUCAAGGUCUGUUUCAUAGCAAAUGUUGUGUUUAUAAAAAUGCAAUGUUUGUUUUUUUACUGACUACCUGUUAAGAGAUGGAUAUUUAUCUAUAUGGUUAUCAACACAUAAAGCGUAACAACUGUUGACAGAAAAUUUAGCACAUGCUACCUUGUAAUUGCUUUAUGGGCCAUUAGUAAAUUCAAUUCACUUCA